AAAUCCAGAAUGGGAAGCUCACCUCUGCAAAUUGUGAUUUCUCUGUGGUGUCAUCUGGUUAUUGCUGCCUACAGUUUAGAGAUCGGCUCUUAUGACCUGGAGAGAGGGAGACCGGCUAAAUGUGAGCCUAUCGUCAUUCCCAUGUGCCAGGGCAUCGGAUACAACCUCACCCGGAUGCCCAACUUUAUGGACCAUGACAAUCAGAGGGAAGCAGCGAUUAAACUGAAUGAAUUUGCCCCUCUGGUGGAGUAUGGCUGUGAUGUGCAUUUGAGAUUUUUCCUCUGCUCUCUUUACGCCCCUAUGUGUACAGACCAAGUGUCCACAUCCAUCCCUGCCUGCCGUCCUAUGUGUGAACAGGCACGUCAGAAGUGCUCGCCCAUCAUGGAGAAGUUUAAUUACGCCUGGCCUGAAUCUUUGAACUGCUCUAAACUGCCCACCAGAAAUGACCCUAAUGCACUGUGCAUGGAAGCCCCCGAGAAUGACACUAAAACUGAGACUAAGAAGGGAGAGGGGAUGUUGCCUGUCCCGCCUAGACCCAGGCAGCCUGGGGCUGGGAAUGCUCGCUCAGGAGGCACCAUGGGUGUUUGUGAAAACCCAGAAAAGUUUCAGUAUGUGGAAAAGAGUGAGACAUGUGCGCCGCGCUGCUCGUCCGCCGUAGACGUGUUCUGGUCUAGACAGGAUAAGGACUUUGCUUUCAUUUGGAUGGCGGUAUGGUCCACUCUGUGUUUCGUAUCGACAGCGUUCACGGUGCUAACUUUCCUUCUGGACCCUCAUCGUUUCCAAUACCCGGAGCGUCCCAUCAUCUUCCUCUCCAUGUGCUACAACGUCUACUCGGUGGCUUUUAUCAUCCGAUCAGUCGCCGGUGCAGAGAACAUUGCAUGCGACCGUGAGAAUGGCGAGUUGUAUAUUAUCCAAGAAGGCCUGGAAAGUACUGGUUGCACCAUAGUCUUCCUCAUCCUUUACUAUUUUGGGAUGGCAAGCUCCAUCUGGUGGGUCAUCCUCACCCUUACUUGGUUUCUAGCAGCAGGUAAGAAAUGGGGUCACGAAGCUAUCGAGUCGCACAGCAGCUACUUCCACAUGGCCGCCUGGGGCAUUCCUGCGCUGAAGACCAUAGUCAUCCUCACCAUGAGGAAAGUUGCGGGCGAUGAGCUCACUGGACUGUGCUACGUGGGCAGUAUGGAUGUGGGGGCGCUAACAGGAUUUGUCCUCGUACCUCUGUCUUGUUACCUCGUCAUCGGGACGUCUUUCAUCCUGACUGGCUUUGUGGCGCUUUUCCACAUCCGCAAGGUGAUGAAGACCGAAGGCACCAACACGGAAAAGCUAGAAAAGCUGAUGGUGAAAAUCGGCAUUUACUCCAUCCUGUACACCGUCCCCGCCACCUGUGUCAUCAUCUGCUACUUCUACGAGCGACUCAACAUGGACUACUGGAAAUUCAGAGGACUGCAAAGUAAGUGCACAACAUUCCCAGGCCGAAGGAACGAGGACUGCUCACUGGACUCUUCAGUGCCCACAGUGGCCGUGUUCAUGCUGAAAAUCUUCAUGUCGCUGGUGGUGGGAAUCACCAGCGGUGUGUGGGUCUGGAGCUCAAAGACUCUUCAGACGUGGCAGGGGCUGUGCAGCAGAAAGCUGACAGACAGGACUUGCAGAAAGCACUGCAGCACCAGUCACUGCCACUACAAAGCACCUGCCGUUAUACUGCACAUGUCCAAGACUGACCCCUACUCAGACUGUCCCACACAUGUAUGA